CUAUUACGUCUCGUUAUUGCUAACUGCCUGCGCAGCCAUUUUGAGGGGGGAAGGCAGAGGACUCGUCGAGCGCUAAUGUGCAGUUAUUAGCCGCCCUACAAACGCAGCACACACAGACAUACACAAAAGAAAGCGAACGGGGCAAACGUUGGACGGCACGUCGUUAAAUAUGGGCCCACCAGGAGACAGAACACGCCACACAUCGACUGAUAGAACGGGGGAUCUCCGCUGGAUGGUCGAUUUAUCUUGACAUGGCAUGCGGCGGGGCGAGCCGGAGGUUGUGACGACUGAAGAAAAGAAGAGAAAGAACUAGCUCGAAGCGUCAGACGUUGGAAGACACACAGAGAGAAAGAGAGAGAGAGAGGGGGGAGAUUUUGUUUGGCUAACGUUUGUUUCGCACUUCAGCGUUUAUUUUAAUCGACUGCCAACUGAUUUGUUUUGCCGAAAGUUGUUGACAACAGUUUAGAAAAAAUAACAGUAUGGAGCUGAAAUAGUGACCGGAAGCCGCGAGAGCGUGAACCGUGCUUUAGUCUCCCGACUUUUAACACCAACAUUGAGCCAGAAGAUGUAAGAAAAGGCGUGUUAAGAUGACUGGCCACACGUAAAAAAAAAGAAAGAAAAAAAAAGUAAAAUAAAAUAACCGCCUCAGUUAAGCCGGCCUGUCUUAAAAUAAGAUGUAGCUUUAUCGCUGGUUCACUACUAGUUAGUGUCAGAAAUGAAUACCUAGGUUGACUCGCUAGCUAGCUAGCAGACCUUAGCUAGUGUGCUAAAAAUACGCCCACGUCAUGACUAUCAGCUGUGGCAGCAGCACGGGCCCAGGGCCAGAUGAGUGACGGCAAAAGUUCAGGAAAUGUCGGUUUACUUUCGCUGUAGUCUUCGAUGUUACCGGGUGCCUGGAUCUGUCGGCAUCUGUGUCUACCUGCCAUGUUCGUCUGUACUCCCAGUCCGCCUGUAACUCGCUCAUAACACACAGGUCUGUGUUCGGAGACACACACAAAACAAAACAAACCCGCAGCCAUGGAUGAGCGACUUUGAGAUGACCCAGUUAAUAGAAUAUCGGUCUGCUUGCUGUAGUUCACAAUCUCACUAGCAAAAAAAACAAAACAAAAACGAAGACCCAACAAAACAAACAAAAAUAAGUCACCAAUAUGUCUUUUUUGUUUUGUAGCAGUUUCGGUUAACAUUUAUACAAGAGCCUCGUUUGAGUUGUUUUCUAAAGGGGGAAAAAAAAUCUGUUGUAUUCAUUUCAGUGGCAGUAAGGGGAGAGAGAAGAAAAAAAAAACAGCUAAUUUGGCUCGAAAGCCGCGUCUUAAAAUAUGGGUUUUUGAUCAGGUGUAGAGUCGAUGAAGUCUUAGCCUGUUGACCAUUCCCCUUCUCAAAACUGCCUUUUUUUUUGUUUACAACAACCAAAUAUUGAAAUGACUUAGUUUAUUCUCUGAUUUGUUGGUCUUUUAAGUUCGUAGUUAAGAGGUUUGAAGAUCUAGUCUUAGGGUUUUGAUGCAUUGUCAGCUCCAUCCUUUCUUAAACGUAUAGGGUAACAAAAAAACAACAAAAAACAGUGUCGCUAAAGUUUACUACACUAGAAGAAAAGACACUAGCAAACAAAAUCUAACCAUGGGGGACCCAACGUCACGGAGAAACCAAACAAGAAACCGGCUCCGAGCUCAGCUUCGAAAGAAAAGGGAAUCUUUGGCGGAUCAGUUUGACUUUAAGAUCUAUAUAGCCUUCGUUUUCAAGGAAAAGAAGAAGAAGUCUGCACUUUUUGAGGUAGCUGAAGUGGUGCCCGUGAUGACCAACAACUACGAAGAGAACAUCCUGCGAGGUGUGCGCGACUCGAGCUACUCUCUGGAGAGUUCCAUAGAGCUCCUCCAAAAAGAUGUCGUGCAACUGCACGCCCCCAGAUACCAGUCAAUGCGAAGGGAUGUGAUAGGCUGCACACAGGAAAUGGAUUUUAUCCUUUGGCCGCGCAACGAUAUUGAGAAGAUUGUCUGUCUGCUGUUCUCCAGAUGGAAAGGGGCCGACGAUGAGCCCUUCAGGCCCGUGCAGGCCAAGUUUGAGUUUCAUCACGGAGACUACGAGAAGCAAUGCCUGCACGCUCUGGGUCGUAAAGACAAAGCCGGAAUGGUCAUGAACAACCCAACUCAGUCUGUAUUUCUCUUCAUGGACAGACAACACUUGCAGACUCCUAAAACCAAGGCCACGGUGUUCAAGCUGUGCAGCCUGUGCCUGUACCUGCCCCAGGACCAGCUGACCUGCUGGGGCGUGGGAGACAUCGAGGAUCACCUCCGCCCGUACAUGCCUGACUAAAGGCUCCUCGCUUUCACCCAGCCACACACAGACGAGCCUUUCCUCCCCUCCUUUCCCUCCCUAAAGCCUUCCCCGCAGCAAAAUUGACGUAAUCAUCUCCUCCCUGCCCCCUUUUAAAAGAUUAGAACUUGUGCUUGGAUCUCUUUUUUGGUUCCUCAGCUCAUUCUCCCUCUGACCUGAAGCCUGUUAGCUUCCCACCCUGCUACCCUCCCCAUACUCCCAAUACUUUCUGCCAUUUGUUUAUUUAUUUUGAUUGGCUCUGACUUUUUUUUAUUAUUUUACUUCAUUCCCUUUCCCCUACUCACCCUUCCUUUUUUGUUUAUUAAGUUUAUUUUAUUUGAACCUGCACGGACAUUGACUUUUUUUUUUUUUUUUUUUGAGUGGUUGGUUGUUCUCCUGGAGCCACACAGUCAACAGCAUCGGUCACUGAACGAACUCUUUAUGUUGCACCUAAACCGGAACAAACGAUACACAAGUCUUCACGGUGGUCACGAUGGACAUGCCUUAUAUCCUUGUACGAAGGAAGGAUUGUUAAAGCUCGUUUUGUAACGUCACUAGGGCUCCUAAAACCAUUUUAGACCGUUUUUUUUUUUCUAUGCCCAGGAUAGGCAUGAGCGGGCCGUAAAAACGCCUGCCUAGGCAGAGCUAACGAGAGGAGCAGUGUUUGUUAAAUCACACAGUGUCGGUUUUUGCUUCUUAUAAACUGCCUUAGUUUUGUUUUUUUCUGUUUUUUGCUGGACUUAAAGAUGUUUUUUGUGUCAUUUGCUUUUCUCAGACACGUACUAAACAGGCCUUUUUGUUAAAAAUCUUGAGAGAAGGCAUCCUGUGCAUAAAGCUGAGACAGCCGAGUGUGAUGUUGGAAGUUUGAUUAUUUUUUUUCACCGUUCAAUCCGUUCAUGCACUAUUUCAUUCAAGCUACUGAAGUUUUCCGCCUUGUUUUUUUUUUUUUUUUUUGUUUUUCGAGGGUCGUGGGUUUGGUGACGAGCUGCGACGGUGACAGAUUUGAUAUUAAUACACUUUUGCUUCGCCGCUAACUGAUUUCUGCUUAAUUUGAUCUGUUUUAAAAUUAACAAUCCUCUGGCGAGCUUUCUCGAAAUAAAAAGUUUGGAAGUGGGGGGGGGGGCGGGGUUUUUGCUUUCCAAAGACUAUGAAGUGCAGUAGUAACGUUAACGUUUCGCUCCUUGCUGAUUCAAUGUGUUUUUAGCUGAAGAAAAGGGUGUAAGGCAUGUAAUUUCUGGGUUUAGGUUUUUCUGUUUGUUCUCUAAUCUUUACUGCUGAGCAUAUCUCAAUACAGUGCAAAGUCUGAAACACCAA